UAGCCCCUUGAAAAUUCCUUACCAGUUCGGGAGACGCGAUGCCGAACGCCGCCAUGGCCGGGACCAAGUUCUCGUCGUACCACCUCGCCGCCGCGCUCCGCCGCGAGCGCGACCCCUGCGCCGCACUCCGCCUCUUCCUCAGCCCGCCGACCACCCCUGUCUCCACCCCGUUCCGCUACUCCCUUCGCUGCUACGACCUCAUCAUCUCCAAGCUCGCCGCCGCGCGCCGGUUCCCGGCCAUGGAGUCCCUCCUCUCCAGCCUCCGCGCCUCCCCCCUCCAGCCUCGCGAGCCCCUGCUCCGCUGCGUCAUUUCCGCCUACGGCCGCGCCCGCCUCCCCGCCGCCGCCCGCCGCGCCUUCGCCCACCCCGCCUUCCCCGGCCCCCGCACCACCCGCGCCCUCAACGCGCUGCUUCACGCCCUCGCCGUCUGCAGCACGCCCCUCGCCGAGAUCCUCUCCGUCUGCCGGGACGCCGCCAUCCCUCCGGACGCGUGCACCUACAACAUCCUCAUGCGAGCGUCUGGUGGCUCGGUCGACCACGUCCGCCUCCUGUUCGACGAAAUGCUGCAGCGGCAGAUCGCCCCGACUGUCGUCACGUUUGGCACCCUGGUUGCCGCGUUUUGCGAUUGUGGUCGGCUCGAGGAGGCGUUCGGCGUCAAGGACGCCAUGGCUAAGCAGUACAAUGUGAGGCCAAAUGCUCAUGUGUAUGCCAGUUUGAUGAAGGGGCUCUGUCAGAGGGGGGAUGUGGACAAGGCGGUCAGGCUCAAAGAGGAGAUGGUGGCGAGCGCAGAUCUUGGGCUGGAUUCCGCCAUUUACGCGACCUUGGUUAGGGCGUUGUUUAGGGGUGGCCGGAAAGGGGAAGUGGUUGGCUUGCUGGAAGAGAUGAAGGGAAGGGAUAUUCAGGCUGAUACAGUGGUGCACAAUGCAAUGAUCGCGGGUUUCUGUGAGGAUGAGGGUGAUGUAGAUGCUGCAUUCGCGGUGCUUGAUGACAUGCAGAACAGCGGGUGCAAGGCAGAUGCAGUGAGUUAUAACACGUUGGUUGCUGGGUUGUGCAAGUUGGGGCGGUGGCGGGAUGCAAAUGACUUGGUUGAGGAUAUGCCUAGAAGGGGAUGCCCUCCGGAUGUGGUGACGUACAGAAUGCUCUUUGAUGGGAUGUGCGUUGCUGGGGCGUUUCAUGAAGCAGAUCAGGUUUUGGAUGAGAUGGUUUUUAAGGGUUUUGCGCCAAGCAAGGAUGGUGUGACCAAGUUCAUUCAGGGAACUGAGAGGGAAGGGGGUGCAGUGUUGCUAGAGUCAGUGUUGUGCCGUCUGGCAAAGGUGAACGCUUUGGAGUCAACUGCAUGGGAGAAAGCUGUCACCAGUGCGCUGAAUGAUCCUGCAGAGCUUAUGAUGGAGAAACAUCUGGAUAAUUUAAGCUUCACUUGACUGGAUAUCUGGAUACUUGAUUAACAUGGUUGUUGUUUUGUAAGUACGAUUGUGAUGUUUUAUCUACUAAGUCCACUAUGUUGUAUUGCUAGCCAAGGCUACCUAUCAGGUUUUCCUACGCAAUUCAGGGUGGAUGUAGUGUGCAGAUGAGAGUUUAUUGGCGAUAAAAAUACUUCAUACAAGGUUAUAAAAAACCUAUAAAAGGAUUUGUAUACAGUUUCUCUACACUACAUGAACACCAUGUGAACAAAUAUGUAUAGAAGCUAGCAGAAGACACAACGAUAGUUUCCGCUAAAAUAACACAUUUUGUGGCUAUACAUUAAUAAGGGAGUUAUUUACAAGAAUUGGCAAAUGCCAGAAAGAGUGAAGAUAUUGGGGAGAAGACUGACAAGUGCAACAGUCCUAUGGCUAUCUUGUCAAUUUCUAUUCAGUUGGAAACUAAUGUAGUGAGUAUAUGUUUACCACGUCCAUCUCCUGCGCUCUGUGCCACACAGAAUCAGCUCUGUUAGCAGUAGUUCGCAGCCGGAGCCUGGACUGGGCAGUCUCUCCCGUUUAUCUUUGAAAACCCAGGUGUCAUCAUGAAGGUUGUUUUUUUAGGGCCAGAUUUCCUGAACACAAGUUCCUGAACGACAGAAAACCUCAAAGCUUCUGAUUUUUUUGUUGAUAUGGCUAGAAAGAAAUAGACGAGUCUUCAGGCAAGGGGAGCACUCUUCUCCCUGAUUGUCUACAUCUAGGAAGAAGUUUCUGCUUGGAAGGAGGUUCGCCGGUUAAUGUCUAGUAGUUUUUUUUUUCCUGCCUGUAGUCCAACAACCUCCAUCCGUUGAAUAAAAAUCUAGCACUUGCUCACAUAAAAAAGGAACUUCUCCCUCCGUCCCAUAAUAUAAUGGCGUUUUUGACAGUACACCAGGGAGUAUUUGUUUGGCAUAGAACCAGAUCAAGUUUUGUUUCACUCCAGUUUAAACCAUUUUUCUUAGUUAUCCUGCUGCCUUGUGACCAUGAGGUCACGGGUUCAAGUCUUGGAAACAGCCUCUUGCAAAAAUGUAGGGAAAGGAUGCGUACAAUAGACCCAAAGUGGUCGGACCCAUCCCCGGACCCUGCGCAAGCGGGAGCUACAUGCACCGGGUUGCCCCUUUUUUUUUAUCCUGCUGUUCCCCAUAUAAAUUCUUGUGAUUAUCGGAUAUGCAGACUUUUCAUAGUUGAUUUCCAACUUCCAAUUUUGAUUCUCUUUUAGUCAUACAAUCUACAUGUAAAAUAAAAUCAGUACUGCAUUAAGGUAUGUAUCAUUGGUAAAUGGUAAAUUAAUAUCCUGCACCAUUAGCAUGUAAUUGGAUCAUUAGUCUUUGGUGCAAAGUAUGCCAUGACCUCUAGGGCCAUUUUGUUUGGACUCAAAUGAAUGCUUUUAAUGUCACUUUCAUCAACUCAUUAGCUGAUUCUUUCACUUGUUUAGUAUUUCGUAUUAAUGGAAAUAUGAGGUUGGUAAGCAAUACUCUGGACACGCCUGUAAUUUUUUUCUUUCUGUGUUGGUUCUAAGAAUAUGUCCUGUUCCAGCCUAUCGGAAACUUGCUCGGAGCUAUCAUCCUGAUGUAAACUAAGCACGCUGGAGACACGGUUUGAACUCUGAAAGUUGACUUCAUCCGGGAAGAGAAAUGGUUGGUCGGUUCAGAAGUUGCAUGUCUAAAGUCAUCGCGCCGAAGCUCCUUCUACUUUUCUUUCACAAGUGAACUGAAACUAUUCCCAAUCCAAAACAUGUCAGGCUAACUACCCAGAGAAUUUACAUCAGAUCUGGUGACGCGCAAAGGACCGCGAGAACAAUGGCGGACAGAAGAGUGGAGGCAGCCAAGGAGGCCACGUGGCGACACCCGACGCCGUAAGGCUCGAGGGUGCUGCUCGGCCCGAAGCUCCCGCUCCCGGUUAAGCUCCCGGGCGGGCCGAACGUCGAUGGCGGGCUGCCGAACACAGACGGGGGACUGAAGCCAGACGGUGGUCCGAAGCCACCUGCGGGAGCGUCAAAGCUCGUCGGAGGUGCCGUGUCGGUUGCCGGGGGGCCGAAGUC